CUGGUUUGUAUAAUGCUCGUCAUCAUGGAGGAACAGGACACACAAGAACCCAGAUGCCACCGAUUACAUCCAGCACUGCUCUGUUAUUUGCUUUAAUACACAUCAGUGUGUUCUCUGUGCGCUGUCGUAAAAGGAGGGAGGUGCUCCUGUGUUGAACGCGGUUUAUUUCAGAUCUUGGCGUCUUUAAGUCGCAGUUCAGGCGUGAACCGGGUCGAUCCGGGAAACCUACAGUGAGAGAUUUAACCCAUAACGAUGUAAACGUACAGUGAUUCGUUUCUCAGAGCUGCUGUUUUGGUAAAAAAAAAAAAAAAAAAAGGGGCUGAGUCAUAUUACUUCCUGGUUGAAGCACACUGAGGGGCUGGAGUGACUGCGUGGCUAAAAGAGAGAGAAAGAGAGAAAAUUGCUGACACGUGGAUUAGCAAUAAUCAGGAAGAGCGAGAAUUACGCGUUGGGCAUCUCAGGCGGCAAAGCGAAACUACCGAAGUGUGUUUCUGUGGUCCAGGACUCGAGAGAGGCUGAGUAGCCAUUCAGAGACGAUGUUACUGCGAUAUAAGAGCGAGCCAGAGACCACUUUAACACCGUUUUGUCUCCUCGCACUGAAGAACUAAACUCAGCAGAACUCAGGAAGGAAGGCACAGAAAAGCAAGGGCAACUUCUUUGUUGAAUGGCAAUUCUACAAAAACAUGGCAAGAACUCCAGUCCAGACCUGGCCAGUGUUAAAGACAGUCCGGCGGAUAAUUUCGAAGGAGUUGGACAUCAGAAAAAGUGGCCGGAGUCAAGUCAGAACUGGUCCAGGCCAGUAGCACGGAUAUGGACAGUGGUGCUGCUGUUGGGAACAUGUCUGCUGUACUGCGCCCGUGUGGCCAUGCCCAUCUGUGCCGUGAGUAUGGCAGAGCGCUUCAGCUGGUCCAAGAGGGAGUCAGGCAUGGUGCUGGGCAGCUUCUUCUGGGGUUACUGCUUCACUCAGGUCCUCGGUGGCUACAUCAGUGACAGGGUGGGAGGAGAAAAAGUGAUGUUGCUCUCUGCUGCGGCAUGGGGAGCCAUGACAGCAUUCACGCCCAUCCUGGCCCACUUCUGCUCGCAGCCCAUCGUCUCCAUGACCGUGUCCCGCUUCCUCAUGGGUCUCCUGCAGGGUGUUCACUACCCGUCUCUGGCUAGUCUGUGCUCCCAGAAAGUGGUGGAGAGUGAGCGUGGUUUCCUCAUGAGCACUGUAGGGAGUGGCUCGUAUCUGGGGACGUUGGUGAUUGGAGGAAUAGGCUCACUCAUGCUGGACCUGUACGGCUGGGAGAGUGUGUUCUACAUCUCGGGCCUCCUGUCGGUGCUCUGGGCCUACUGUAUAUGGAAAUACCUGCUCAAGGGUGAAGGUCCCAUCAUUACACUGGAAUCACUGGGCAGCGCUGGAACUCAGUCCAAACUGUCCCGCAGGAACUGGCUGCGUCUCUUCAGACAACCAGCCGUGUGUGCGGUCAUUAUUACACACCUGUGCACUGCUAGCACCUUCUUCACCCUGUUGUCGUGGCUGCCGACUUUUUUCAAGGACACCUUCCCUGAUUCUAAGGGUUGGAUAUUUAAUGUGAUCCCGUGGCUUGUGGCUAUUCCCUCCUCACUGUUCAGUGGCUGUCUGUCCGAUCACCUCAUCAGCCAGGGGUUUGACAUUGCUUCAGUGAGAAAGUUAAUGCAGUUCUUUUCCAUGGGUGUAUCCAGUGUGUUCACGCUAUUACUGUGUGGCACCAGUACGUUCCCCAUGGCUGUGGCCUUUGUGUCUGCUGCUAUGGGCCUGACCACGUUCAGUCACAGUGGCGUAUCUGUUAAUGUUCAGGAUCUUGCCCCAUCCUGUGCUGGCGCUCUGUUUGGUGUGAUGAACACGUGCGGUGCAUUUUCAGGGGUGAUCAUGGUGUAUUUCUCGGGCUAUCUGAUCGAGACCACAGGGUCUUGGGCAUCGGUUUUCGCCCUCGUCACCGUAGUGAACCUCUUGGGAUUAGGAAUGUUCCUGACGUAUGCAGAGGCACGCAGGGUCGACAUCGAAGCCAUGAAGGGACGCUAUCACAACAUACACAUCUGAACAAACAGAAAGGAAAACUGUUGUAAUGGAUGUGUUGUGCAGACUGGGACACUACAGAAUUUUCAAGGAUAGUCUGCACUAUAAUUUCCAUACCUGCUGUCAUGACUUCGGAGGGAUCUGUGGCAGCAUUGGCUUUACCGGUUCGGAACCCAGCUACACCAGUAUUUCAGUAUUAGCUUUUCUUCCAAAGUGUUUUGCACUUAGGAUGGGACAAGUUACUGAGAAUAUGAAGAUUGUUGGCUAUAGUAGUGUAGUCUAUUAUAAAUUAAAGUAAUAUAGUAAAAACUGAAAAUGAUAUCUAAUGACUGCACGUUUUGUUGAGCUUGACAAAACUCAGGCAUCAUCAUCAUUGUGAUCAUUAAUAUUAUUGUCCGUGGAGGCCCCCCCCCCCCCCCCCCCCAUUGCUCUAGUUUACCAUUUUACUCUAGUUUCAUUUAAUUCAAUGGAUGAAGCCUAAAUGCCAAAUAUUAUCAAAGUUAUUUAGAAUGUUUCAAUUCAUAUCACAUUAUGAAUAUUGCAUGAUGUCCAGCCCCUAAAUCAUUCCCACGUUUCACGACACACAUCUCAUGCUUUCAUUCUUUUGUUCUUUGAUCAAGUACUGUACCAAAGCCUUUACAAGCUGCUUUUGCAAAGUAGUUGAUGUUUCCAGCAAAGUUGAGCACUUUUUUGAUAAGGUAUAAUGUUUCUAGGAAAGAAGUAGCUCUCUAGCUUUACAGCACUGUUUGGAUAGAGGGACAGUUCCACUAGGACUGGAAGUGAUGUUACAGUUAAACCCUUAAGUGACAAAAAGUGCACAGUCUGUUUGGAUGUUUUAAAGAGCAUCCUUUAAGUUUACUGUUAUUGUUAACCAUAAGAGUAAAGAUCAUUUAUAUUUUACAAGUAUUUAUUUGACACUAUCAUCCGAAGUGCUUUUAAGUGUAGGCAGAGUACAAUCCAUGUACAGAGCUGAACACUUGUCCCGUGAAGUGUCUUGGUCAAGGAGCCAACGGUGGAAUUCUGGGAAUUUAAACUCUCAAACAUUUGGCCACUAGCACAGAGCCACCAUUUCCCACCGUCACUGUUAAAUGUGCAUUUGUUUGUUGGUAGGAAAGUAAGUCUCCCCAGUAUGGACAAAAUCGAUUUGAAAAAUCUUUAUUGUAAGAACUGUGAAUGUAACUUAGUAUGUAUAUUUAAUAUACAUAUAAUAUAUAAUAUCUGAAGAAUUGUAAAAGGAAUUGCUUCUAUCUACAUGUGUCUGAUCAUUUUACUUUAAAAUAUCAGACACGGUAAUUGAAGUUCCUGACAAUUCGAAGACAUGAAGAUGAUUUCUUAACUGCACCAACACCAUUUUUAAAUUGUUGUAGCUUGUUCAUUAUAUACUUUAUAUAUACUACCUAAAUAUGUAGUUAUAUUUUCCCCCUGCUUUCUUUAAAUUUUCAACCAAGUCUAAACAAGGAAAUUUUCCUGUGGAGCUUUAGUUACCAUAUGUAGCUGUUUUAGGAUGAAAUAUCACAAAGUAGCUUGAAGCUGUUGAUUUGUUCAGUUACUCGAGGUCUGUAGUGAGAUUAUGGCAGCGUUUUUUUUCUUCUUCUUUUUUUAGCAUAUGCUCGUCUUAUGUGGAAAAAACACCUUAACAGCAACUUUUGCUUAGUUUCUUGGUCAAAAAGCCUGAAUGAAUGAUUUAAAGGGAGAGUUAAUUAGAUGCGUUGAAUCUUACUGCAUCAUGCUUAUCUCACUAAGCUGAUUCCCACCAAGAAAUUUUUUUUUUUCAGUAUUGUUUAUUGCAGCUGACAAGACCGUGCAGAAAAAACAAACAAACAAACAAAAAAAAACGACAUUCACAAAGGAUUUACAAAUGCAGUCUGUUGUUGUUAAUUUCUUAUACAUAGUCCAGAAAUAUGUAUGAGUAGUAGUAGUAGUAGUAGUAGUAGUAGUAGUAGUAGUAAUAGUAAUAGUAAUAGUAAUAGUAGUAAUAAUAAUAAUAAUAAUAAUAAUAAUAAUAAUAAUCUAUACAUACAACUAGUUCAGCUAACCUACUUAAGGUGUAAUUUACUGCCAUAUAAUUUGUCAUUUGUCUUGUACUGUGUUUUAUAACUGCUUAUGUUAAACGUUGGCAUUAUGAUUGGAGUUCAAAAUAAUAUUUUACCCGUCACCUGUAAAACACUGAGUACUUGCAUUGUUUAUCUCACACGUUGAAUUCGCGGUCAUAUUCUGUGAAAAUAUGAUGGGCCAUACGAUGCUGAUUCAUAUCAUCCUGACUAUUCACAGGCAGUUUUCUGGAAGUAGAAAAUAGAGAUUAUCUUUGAACUAUGAAAAAUUAAAAUGCCUGAAAAGAGAUAUAGAAAUGCAAUAUUCUCCUGCUUUAGAAAACGUGCUGUUUGUAAACCUUUUGUUCAAAAAUAAAACUAUAUUUUAUCAAAGUGUAA